CGCGCUGGCGCCGACGAUGGCGGCGUGCACGGAAGAGCCAGGCCGCCGAUCAGAUGGCACGUAGAGAAGCCAGUGCCGUGUCCCAGCAAGUAUAAAAUGCCAGAGGUUCUUCCAGCGUCUGACAGAGCCGGCGCCUGUUGGACACUGGAGAUGCAUACAAAGCGCGAAUAGAAGGCGGGCAACCUGCGAGAGUUGAUGCUAGCCGCCGCCAUCAAGCGGCACGUACUUUGCAAGACCCGAGCGAUGAACAACCAGCUCGAGACACAGAACCUCGAGGAGCUCGACGAGUUCGACUACGACCCCGACUUCUUCAACGGCAUCUUUCCCAAGCAGGACACGAGCACAUCGACGACGAUCCACGUGCCGCGACCACCGACGUAUCCCGAAUCACCGUCACUAGCCGGCUACACGUCCGAAGAAAGCGACUACUCGGCGACGACGACGACGACGUCAGACGCCGGUCGCUGGAGCCCAUCCUCGACCGCAUCCUCGACCACGAGCAGCAACCCGGCGAGCAAGAGGCCGCACCAGACCAUGAACGACGGCAUGAUGACCAACGGCAAGACCUCGCUGUACCGUGGCGUGACGCGCACGAGCAAGACCGCGUGGGGCGCCAAGUACAGCUCGAAGCGCAUCAUCAACACGUGCCGGACGCAGGAAGAGGCCGCGCGCGCGUACGAUGCGUACCUCAAGGAGAAUGUCCCGGAAAAGUACGUCAAGUACGCCAACUUUUGCCCGAGCUGCGACCAGUACACCAACUCGCUCGGUCUCGCAUGGACCAAGAAGAUGUGCAAGUGCAACGACGUGGCGCCGCGCCUCGUCGUGCCAAUGAGCUACGAGAUCAAGGACGAGACGGACGGCGAGGCCGACCCGAGCAACCAAGCCUUGGAGGACUUCAUGACGGACGACGACUUUACCUUUGCGUCGCCCGAAGUGCACCACGAGCCGAAGCAACCGACGACCACCAUGGGCCGCGUCCCGUACCUCUCCAUGUCGUCGUUUGAAGUCCAGCAACACAUGGAGGACGUUGACUCGAUCGCGAUCAAGGAGGAGCCCGUCCCGAUCUACCACAUGUCGUCGUCGUCACUACCUGACGACGAUGUUCUCUCGACGCUCCUCAAUGCGACCGCCAACGCCGCCGGGAAGACGCUGUCGCCCAUGCACUUGGACAACCCGCAGCUCUUUGAGACGCUGUCGCACUCGCUCGAAGCGCGCGACUCGCUCUCGCGCCUCCUCCACGCGAGCUCGUCGUUCGAGCUCCUCGACACGUUCCAGAACGCCGGCGGGCAGCUCUCGGAGUUUGACCCGCAGGUCAGCGUCGUGCUCGAGACGGUCUUUCUGCGCAAGUACUUCCGCAACGACCGCAAGAACCUCCAGUGCUUUCCGUACUGCCGCGAGCACGGCAACUACUACGAAGCCAAGAUGCACGGCCUCGAACAUGCAGGGAAGGGCGUGUGUCGCGCGCCGGUCAAGGUCCGCGUGUCGCACCCGGCGCCGCCCGCCCACCUCCUCGUGCUCGCGCGCUGCCAGACAGUCGCCAAGCCCGUCGAUGCGGACGCGCCGCUGUCGCUCUCGAGCGCCGGUGUCCAUGCGCUCCAGCAGUCGUGGACGUUGGGUGCAACCAGCGACAUGAGUCCGUCGACGACCAACGUGUACUUUCUACCUGAGGUGUGGAAGUUUGACGCGGAGCUGCCCAAGAAGCGCCGCGUCGACGACAACGACAGCGACGACCUCAACUACGUUGUGCAGAUUGUGGUCUACACGUCGUCGGACGGCGCCACCUUUGAGCGGUCGGCGGCGAUCACGUCCAACCGGUUUGACAUUCAGAGCACACGCACGCUGCUCCGGCAAAAGCAAAAGAAGGACGACGAAGACGUCUUGUACAUGCUUGGCGUGCCCGAGAAGAAGAAGCAGCGCAUCAACCUCGCCAAGUUUGAGCGCCAAGUGUCGAGUAUCGUCCUGGAAACGCCCAUCGACCUCAACAAGAUCAAGUGGGCGGAAGCCGGCGAGUCCUUUGAGGACCUCAACGACGACGACUUUAACGACGAAGACGAAGCGGCCAUGGACCACGUGCCCGAGAAGAAGGAUGGUGUACCGCCACCUGCGCCAACAUCGACCACGGUGCUUUCGGCCUCGGCCUCGUCAAGUAGCACCCAUGACAACACCAACAACACCAACGAGGUGCUGCCGCCCGUGACGUACACGCGUCUGGCGUCGCCCAAGACGGCGCCGAUGGCGGCGUCGGCUGUCGCCCGCGACCUCCCGCAGCACCCGGUCGCGGACAAGGCGCCGACGGCCGACGACGAGGCGUGGAAGGCACAGUUUGCGCCCGUCCUCUUGGCGUAUGGCGUCAUCAACAUUCCUGUGAGCCUAGCGUUCCUCGUCGUCCAUCUCUUGCUGUUGCCCGUGUCGCUACUUGCGCUCCAAAGCGCCCUCCAGCUCGCGGACGGCGUGGCCGACAUGGAUCUGUAUUUUGCCAACUCACUCAGUCCGCGCGAGGCCGGCCACGCGCUCUUGGACCGCAUCGAGUCGCGCAGUGGCAUGGCGCGCCGCCACGUGUACUUUAUUGUGCUGAAAACGCCGCUGAACCUGCUCGGGUUUGUCAGCUGCGUCGUCCUCAACGUCCUCGCGCUCGUGUUGCUCGUCGUGCCGCCGGUCUCGCGCCACAUUCGACGCGCUGCGAAUGCGUGCGGUAUGCUCGCGGUCAACGCGUCCAAGACCAACUGCGGACAAGAACGACUGCGGCAGCCCGAGCGGGCAGUCUAGCCGCACCACGUCUCUAUAUAUUAACAUCGAGUAUGAAUAUGCCAAUGCCACUGCUGCUGCCACAUGCAGAGCAUGUCUGUGCCCAGAUCCCCAUGAAA